AGAGCGAGGAAGACGGACGAAGCGGAUAGGAGAGAGAGCCAGAAUCGGAAUGGAAAGACAGCCAGGUUGCCCGACGGGGUGGUAGGAGUGAGAGGCGAAGCCGAAGAGCGGCUUAGCCUGGCGCUGCCGCGGUCGUAGCCACGAGUGGAGUGUUGAGAGAGCAAGCGAGGUCCCGUUGGCCCUGGUGGUCGGCCCGCACCGGGUGAGGCGUCAUGAAAGCGCGCCAGUCGACCGUGCGCACCUACAGCCGUACGAGAGCACGCUAAACGCUUCGUUUGCUGUCCAUUUUCCCGGUCCUUCCUCGCUGUCGCGCCUCCGUCCGUUUUCGGAGCACACGACACGUUGACACGCGGCGACCGGCGCGUUGGCGGAUCUCCUAGGACGUUACCCGGGCCGCGUUCAUCGGGAUCGCAAGAUGACAGAGGCGGCAAGCGGACGUCCAGCUGGAUCGACGACUCCGCCGACGUACGAGAUCGCGCGUUUAAGGGAUGUUGCUCUCUUUCUCGUUGAGGACUCGUGAUUGGGGCGGGCGAAAGAGCGCGGUCAGUGGCCUGAUUUCUUAUUGACACCUUGGAGCGGUGAUCUCGGAUAAGAAAGACUCUCUUGUGCUUUUAAUUGGAAAGUUGGUGUUGUUUUAAAUCGGUGUUUCUUUUGAAAUCCGGGCUUUUCGUUCUCCUUUAUGAUGACGCGCGUGUAGCUCCUUCCCCGGUGGCUUAAUGAGGGUCUAGGGAGCGGCAAAGACAAUGGCUUCGGAGUAAUGCUCAGGUGUGUGCUCCUUUGUUAACCAAGACGGAGCGUUUGUAUUCCUAAUCACUUAGAAUAUUCUGUUUCUCAUGGUUUUCGUCCCGAUGUACGGUUCAGGGGCAGCUGCGUGUCGUUAACUGUGACGUUUCGCGCGGUGGUUAAGUUCUCACGCGCGAUAUCUUGCACGUGAACUGCGAUAGAGUAACGGAAGGAAGUCUCUUCGGUAAGUGGACGCAUGAAACCGCAGAACGACUUAAUCUACUCGUAAUCCAGCCAUAUAACUCAUAUUCCGUAUAAAGUUUCCGUGUUGUGUUCCGUCGUGCAGUUGUACUUGUAUUUCAUCAGCGACAUCGGAUGAAGCGGAGAUAGAUUUGAAGAUAGAAGGGAUUUAUAUAUUGGCUAGACAUAUACAUAUAUACAAGCGCUUUAUAUUAAAAAAUCGAAAUUGAGAUUUUUAAAAUUUUGUGAAACAAAUUUUCAUCGCGUCGAACAACAUAAUUGAAUAUCAAUGCAAUAAAAAACUAAAUCAAGGUAUAUUGUAGUGAUAAAUGCAAGGAAAAAUCGAUCGAACAGACCUCUCUCUCUUUGUGGAGGCAAAAUCACGCGUUUCCGAUCACCGAGCAAUUUCUCGACUAUUUUCCAUGUUUUGUGAAGCUUGCUUCGUUACCUCAUUGUUGUCACGUUGACCGCGUCGAAGGGUGCCACCCCUAGUUCGUUAUUUCGUUCCACACUUUGGAGCACUCAAAUUGCAAAGUAACGAAGGGAGGAAACUAAUCCAGUCCAGUAGCGAUAUCGCAUUUUCGAUGAAUAGAACAGAUACGAUGAGAGAAGUGUAUUUAAAAGAAGUACUAUAAAACAGAAGUAAUAACAGCACAAUACACUUUCUUUGCGAGAAAGCGAAGUAAUUUUAUGAGCAUCUUCGGUUCAUUGCUACGUUAACGUGUUAUGUGAUUUCUUUACGUCAUACACUUCAAGAAUAACGUCGAGGUGAAAACAAAGGUGCCUGAUGAGCGAAGGAACCGGUAUUCUAUUUAAGAACAACAUGAAGAAAGGCAGAACAAAAAGAUACGAUACGCGCGGGAGAUGAAGUAGAGACACGCCUAUUAUACUUUCUUUGUUAGCACAGUCACCUAUGUACGUACCGGUCGCUGACAUACAUUUUCAACGUUCAAAUAGAGAAGUUCAGACGUCAAAGUGUAAAGAGCAGUUAUAACAAAAGUAUAAUAAAUGAAAAUUAUAUUAGAUGUCUGUAUCAAUUAAGCUUCCGUUUUCUAAUAUAAUUUUUACAUAAAGGAAACGUUGCGCAAUAGACAAAUUUGACGACAAGAAGCAUUCCACUGUUAGAUACAUUUAAGGAAAGAAUUGAAUCGAACUCCUUCAAUCCAGCACGAAGACUGUGCGAUUUGUCGAAACGGAAUUUAAUAGGAAACAAACAUUAAGAUACGGGGAAACGAUCCAUUGAAUUUUUUCCUAUUCUGGGAAAAUUUACAUAACUCUGGUUGCACCUGACGCAGCGGAUGCGCCAGGUCCAAGUGGGGGAGCCGGUGAGCUAAGAGCAACGAGGUGCGAGAGCCGCGCACUACCAGAGUCAUCGUUUCCUGGUGUUUUGAAUCUGCGAUAACGCAUAGCCUCCAGUCCAGCAGAAGGCUCGGCGACACGCGGUUCGCCGUUUGAUAUGGCAGCAGCCGACGUUUCUGCUACCGCGAUCCCUCGGCUCCUCCGCCAUCGUCGCCGUCACUAUCUCCGAUACCGGCGUAGCUGUCAAACAACCGAACAGGUGUUACCGCGAGGCGACCGGAGUGGGACACGCGAUUUCUUGUGAUACCGCACGCACACGGCGCACGGCGACUCGAAGAAAUAAGUCCCAGUGCCGUCGAUCGAUCGAUGUGACACGCACAUUCCUCGCGCAUUCCUCGUUACUUAAACUGGACGCCGAAGGUGUCUUCGUGGGUGUCAUUCCGUGAGGUGUCAGUGCCUGGGGGGUGAGGGGUGGACCAAGAGAGAGAUUGCUCCGAGAACAGGGAGGUUUCGACGUUGGUGGAUUUUGUACUCAUCGAGGAUGACGGACUGUAAGGUCUUCCGUCCGCAGCCGGUAUCCAAAUUCAGCGGCAUCCUUCUGCUGCUGCUGAUUCUUUUAGCCGAGGUCACGUACUCGGCCGAUCUCGCGAUCGAGAUACCGGGUAAUCUGAGCCAGGGUGGUUCCUGGUACCGUUUGGAUUACAGCCCACCCGUUGGCUCUCCACCGCCAAACACCACCAUAGCCGCCACCGACAUAGGUGAUGUCAUAAAGUUCAGGGACGGCCUACCUGGCACGAGAUACGAGUACUGGCUGUACUACAGCAACAGCACUCUUCACGAUUGGUUGACGUGGACUGCGUCAAUUACGACACCACCCGAUCCUCCGUCAAACUUGACGGUGUCGGUACGAAAUGGGAAGACCGCGAUCGUAUAUUGGUCGCCUCCGGCCCAGGGGAAUUAUUCCGGUUUCCGGUUGCGGACGCAGAGCUUCAGCGAUACCGGAAAUCCCAAGACCACCGUCAUCCCCGUUGACUCGGUGCCCUACACACUACGUGAUCUCACGCCUGGUGCGACGUACUCGCUUCAACUCUUCACCGUAUUGGACGCCAAAGAAAGCGUCGCUUAUACCAGCAGGAAUUUUACGACAAAGCCAAACAUCCCGGGAAAGUUCAUCGUCUGGUUCAGGAACGAGACGACGCUGCUGGUACUAUGGCAACCGCCUUAUCCGGCCGGAAUAUACACACACUACAAAAUUAGCAUAGACCCAUCUGACGCGAUAGAGUCCGUUCUCUAUGUGGAGAAGGAAGGCGAGCCACCUGGACCUGCACAGGCAGCUUUCAAAGGACUUGUUCCAGGUAGAGCGUACAACAUUUCCGUACAGACCGUUUCCGAAGAUGAAACGUCCGCGCCCACAACAGCACAGUAUCGUACGGUACCGUUGCGUCCGCUCAACGUGACCUUCGACAAAACCUCUGUAACAUCGACUUCCUUUCGCAUGUUUUGGAAUCCUCCCAACGGAACAUCCGAAUUCGACAAGUAUCAAAUAUCGCUCGGUAGUAACAGGAGGCUUGCGCCAGUCACGCGAAACCGGGACGACGAGAACAGAUGGGAGUUCAAGGACUUGGAGCCUGGCAAAACAUAUCAAGUGGUAGUGAAGACGGUUUCUGGCAAAGUCACCAGCUGGCCGGCCAGUGGAGACGUCACUCUGAAGCCGCUGCCUGUUCACGAUCUCAGAGCGGUGAUCGACGAGAAAACUGGUAUGGUAGAAGUCUCGUGGAGUCCAGAGAAUUCCAGUACGCAGGAUAGUUACAAGCUACAAUAUCAUGAAGUGGAAACAACGAUCGGUGGUGAUAGUAAUACUUUGACGACUGAUAAAACAAAGGUCACGCUGGAAGCUCUGCUACCCGGAAGAAAUUAUUCCAUAAUCGUUCAAGCGAUUAGCAAUAAAGUCGAGUCGAACGAAACCGUCCUGUACCAAGCGACACGUCCAGCUAGUCCUGUAAUCGAAGAUCUGAAACCUAUUGAGAAAGGUUUAAAUAUUUCCUGGAAGAGCGAUGUCAAUUCUAAACAGGAGAAAUUCGAAGUGACCCACAACAGAAAUGACACUGGAGAAAGUGCAACCACUCUGACUACGGAAUCGCAUAUCGUUUUGGAAGAUCUGUAUCCUGGUGCGGCAUAUGAGGUCAAGGUCUUUGCUAUUAGUCAUGGACUUCGGAGCGAACCGCACGACUACUUGCAAGCCGUUCUGCCUCAUCCACCGAAGAAUCUCAGUAUCGAAAAAGUCACGAGCAACACCGUUGUCGUGCAUUGGGAAGCGCCGACGGACUCGAUAUUCACCGAGUACUCCAUCAGAUAUCGUACGGAAGACGAUCCAAGGUGGGUCAAACUUCCCAGCGUUCGUGACACGGAAGCGGAAGUGGCGGAUAUGACGCCCGGCGAGAGAUAUACCAUACAAGUGAACACCGUCAGUUACGGCGUCGAGAGUUUGUAUCCGUUGCAAGUGAAUCACACAGUCAGGCCUAAUCCAGUUCUAAAUAUCACCCCGAUUAUCGACUCCACCAAUGUAACUCUCGAGUGGCCGCGUCCCGAGGGUCGUAUCGAGACCUACGUUAUAAGAUGGUGGCCGGUGGAGAACCCAGAAGACUCCAGGACGAAAAACGUCAGUGAGACCAACGACGUACCCGACGUCAGUUUCGAAGAGAACUCUGUGCAAACCGAGAAGAUCCUCGUGAGCGACCUGAUGCCCGGAGUGCAGUACUUCUUCGUCGUCUACACGAUCUCGUAUGAUCUAGUCAGCGACAUCACCAAUUUAACUACAAGAACGAUGCCACUGAUCCAGUCCGAAGUCGUCGUAGUGGUCGACCGGGACCAACCAGGAUCGUUGACGUUAAGAUAUACGCCGACGCCGAUUCUAUCCUCGAGGUUCAAUCUCUACCGGUUCAGGAUUAGCGAUGAGAAUAACACCACGAAGGAGCGUAUGGUGGAUGACGUUGACACCAAGGUUUCAUUUGUUGGAUUAACACCCGGCAAACUGUACAAUGUGACUGUUUGGACAGUAAGCGAUAAUGUCGAGAGCAGACCUCUCCUCCGGCAAGACCGACUCUAUCCUGAACCGAUCACUGCGAUUCACGCGCUCGACGUAAAUGAUACGAGGAUCACUUUGACCUGGGACAUCCCGCACGGAGAGUACGAUACUUUUGAAGUACAGUACAUAAAUACGGAAGGGAACUACAUCCAAAAUAUAACCUCGGUCAACGUGAUCACCAUCUAUGAUCUGAAGCCGCAUAGAAAUUAUACGUUUACAUUGGUUGUACGUUCGGGCACAGAAUCCUCUUACUUGAGAGUCUCGAAUCCGCUCAGCGCCAGCUUUACCACCAGCGAGUCGUAUCCAGGAAAGGUGGAGAGGUUCCACCCUAUCGACAUUCAACCGAGCGACAUCAGCUUCGUGUGGUCUCUGCCGAGCCAGGAGCAAAAUGGCAUCAUUAGAAAAUUUACUAUCACUUACGGUUUAGAAGGCUCGACCCACACCCAGAUGCAGGACUUCAGGCCGAACGAGUUCCGUGGCGUCAUCAAAUCUCUCAUACCGGGCAAGUCUUACAUCUUCCGGAUUCAAGCGGAAACGAAGAUCGGCUUUGGUCCUGAGGCAAUGUGGAAGCAAAAGAUGCCGAUAUUGGCGCCGCCGAAGCCGUCCACGCAAGUGGUACCGACCGAAGUCUGUAGAAGCAGCACGACAAUUCAAAUCAGAUUCAGGAAAAACUACUUCAGCGAGCAGAACGGCGCGGUCACGUCGUACAGCGUCAUUGUUGCUGAAGACGACAGUAAGAACGCUUCUGGAUUGGAGAUGCCCAGUUGGAGGGACGUCCAGGCUUACAGCAUUUGGCCACCCUAUCAGGUAAUGGAGCCGUAUUACCCUUUCAAAAAUGGAUCCGUGGAGGACUUUACGAUCGGCUCCGAGAACUGCGACAACAAAAUUGGAUACUGUAACGGACCGUUGAAGUCAGGAUCUACUUAUCGGGUGAAAGUGCGCGCGUUUACAGCGCCGGACAAAUUUACGGACACCAGCUACAGCUUCCCCAUUCAAACAGGAUUGCUGCUGGCAGAUAAGGACAACACGGCCAUCAUAGUCGGUGUCACCGUCGCCAUAGCGUUGCUGCUGUUUCUAUUGGGCAUCGGGCUGUUUAUGCGAAGGAGAAGAAGUCAGGGUCGCAAGACAACGGAAACCAGGGCAACCGAUAAUUUAUCAUUGCCGGACAGCGUCAUUGAGACCAGUCGGCCCAUCAAAGUCGAAGAUUUUGCCGAGCAUUAUCGCACUAUGUCGGCGGAUUCCGAUUUCCGGUUCUCGGAAGAAUUCGAAGAAUUGAAGCACGUCGGACGAGAUCAACCGUGCACUGCGGCAGAUUUGCCUUGUAAUAGGCCGAAGAAUCGCUUCACGAAUAUUCUACCGUACGAUCACAGUAGAUUCAAGCUUCAACCAGUCGAUGAUGAGGAGGGCUCCGAUUAUAUCAACGCCAAUUACGUUCCGGGUCACAACUCGCCACGAGAGUUUAUCGUGACUCAAGGACCGUUGCAUUCGACUCGCGAUGAUUUCUGGCGAAUGGUAUGGGAAAGCAACAGCAGGGCAAUCGUAAUGUUAACGAGAUGCAUCGAGAAGGGCAGAGAAAAGUGCGAUCAUUAUUGGCCGAUGGACACAUUGCCGGUUUAUUACGGAGAUAUCUGUGUCACGAUACUCAACGAGACGCAUUACCCGGAUUGGAGUAUCACGGAAUUCAUGUUGUGCAGAGGCGAUGUGAAGAGAGUGAUACAACAUUUCCAUUUCACUACAUGGCCGGAUUUCGGCGUUCCCAGUCCACCGCAAACCUUGGCGAGGUUCGUGCGAGCGUUCAGGGAACGCGUCAGGCCCGAUCAGAGGCCCAUAGUCGUUCAUUGCAGCGCUGGCGUAGGUCGUAGUGGCACCUUCAUCACCUUAGACAGAAUACUGCAGCAAAUUCUCGUGUCGAAAUACGUGGAUAUCUUCGGGAUCGUCUGGGCGAUGAGGAAGGAGCGGGUCUGGAUGGUCCAGACGGAGCAGCAAUAUAUCUGCAUCCAUCAGUGUCUCUUGGCCGUUCUGGAGGGACAGGAUACUACUGGACCACCGCGAGAGAUUCAUGACAAUCAGGGAUUCGAAGGCAAAAAUCGAAGCUCGGUCGAAAGCACUAAGAGUCCUGCCGAGGCUGAGAAGGAGAGGUGACCUUCGAAUGACAGCGACUCCUGCAUCGAGGAUGACGAAGGAAUAGCCGAGUCAGGGAUGUGAUGGUUCGACUGCUGGUUAGGAGUAAUGAUCAAUAGCAACAAGAGCGAAUCUCGUUAUCCAAAGGUGCUUGAAUCCCCAGAAUUUUUCAAGUUUCCUUGGAAAAGAAAAACAUAAAGGAAUGACAGUCUAAAUCGGAUAAAGACAAAAGCAAACAGCGCAAGAUUAAUUAUCUAGAAAUUAAUUAGGUCGCGUGCGAGGGGAUAAUCAAUGGAAGAAAUCUCCUGGAAGAAGCAUUUUACGUUAUGCAAUGAGCGAGCACGCAUUUUUAUUUCUUUAUCAGCCACAUAUCGAAGUUGAGCGUGUUCAAUCCGUGAUACGCGUGGAAUAAUUUCACGACUAAGAUAAUUAUGUCAGAAAAGUAUAAAAAGGAUGCCGUAAAAGGGUAAAUGACAGAGGGGGAGACGCGAGAAGACGGUGUGAAACCGAAUAUGCUGCCAAGUGUGGGAUUACAAAUCAAAUGCAUGCGCGACGCUUUAUGCUUACGCGUUGCGCAACGGUCGGAGAGAUUACGUCUUUAUUAAUAUAUAACUCAUGUAUACAUAUCUAUAUAAGUAACAGGAAGCUGAUAAGGCGCGCGAUGUUGAUAGAUGUAAGUCGUAUACUGUAACGAGUGCAGAGAUGCAUAUUCCACUGGUUGUGUCACGAUGGGGGCCUCGGACCACAUCGCAUCCGCAAUGAGUCUAUUGAACGUCUUUGUUAAGUCGCAAUAUGUGAGAUGUAGGUACACACGAGCAUUUUUAGAUCGAUUUUUGCGGAUCGUGCAGAUUGCACAUUGCGAACUGGCGUCUUGGUUCCUCUCCCGAUGCAAAACAUUCUUCUGAGAUUACCACCAAUAACACUUUGUUCAUACUUCGCGUUCCACUCGAACGGGUACGCGUGAAAGAUUAUCCUACGUUGUCUUAUUAUCUUUUUUUUUCCCCCCGAAUUAUAACGUAGUGCGCGGCUGGAUGAAAUCUUAAAGGCGAUCCGUUGCAAAAAGCGAGACGCAAAGACGAUCACGCUGGUUGAGUUAUCGUUCGGAAUGGCAAAAACCGUCCGUCCAAGAGCCAUAUGAGAGAUACGCGUGCGCCAGACGAUGGUUUGAUAAGUAAUAGUGUUAAUAUUAAAGCGAAUUAUCUAAGGGGGAAAGAGAAUCGGAAGGACGAGCGGGUGUGGGUGUGCGGUGCUUUGAAUCGAUCCUUCUUUUUUGAGAUGAGCGAAACGAUAUCAGUGGGAACAAGAAACUCGCAUUUUCGUAGAAGCCAUAUCAUUUUUUGGAAGGAGUCAGAGUUACGUGUGUAUAUGUGCGUAUGCGUGUGGAUGUGUGCGCGUGUGUAUGUAAGCAAUCAAUCGAAUAGUCGAUUGAAGCUAUGUAUUAACCCCUCUUAUCAUCGCGAAUCGCCGUUGAAAAGCAAUAGAACUUCAUAAAUAUUAGAUAACCGUCACAUACCGCGCGAUAAUCCCCGACAGUUCCAGAGAUAGCUUCAGAUAGAUAGGCCUUAAUUUUUGCAAUGUAGUUGACCCUCAACGGUGAUCGUUCGCAGGACAUGUAGAAAAAUCGAAUGAUCAUUUCCAGUAUUUAAUGUCGCUUUUGCGGCGAUAUACAAAAUACAUGUACUUAAUUUUAUAUUCUCGAUAAAGGCGUGGCAAAACGUAAUCGAUUGCACGAUGUAGGUAAACUAAUUAAUUUAGUUAUUUCGCAAUCAGGGUUUAGCUGAAUUUCCUCCGUCAAAUUUUUGAAAAAGAUGAAAUUUCUAAAGAAAAAAAAGGGAGAAAGAAUUUCGUGUUCAUCGAUGUAUUUUUGGAUGAGCAUUUUUACACCGGUCACAUUGUGAACCGCAGAUCUGUAAACGAUUGCAGGGGCUGUUAAAAAUUACAUUUUACAUGUAAGCGCUACACCCAGGAUUUAUAUUAAUCCGCUACUCGCUUAUGAAUGUCAAUGACACGUAUGUAACUAUUAAGAAAAUCAAUUAGAAUAGUCAAUAUGACAGUUACAGAUUUUAAGUUAACUUUUUUCGAAAGAUAGUGCGACUUUUUCUAUUUAUAAAUCAUUUAAGGCGGAUUAAUAAAAAUUCUGAUUCAUCGAAAUUAUCUGUAUGAUAAUCUUAUGUAACUGUAUGUAUGCACGUUGAUAGUAAUUGUGCUGUUGAUAUGCUACUGCAGAGCGCUAUCGAUGUCAGAUUAUUCGCGAAAGACGCGAAGAAAGCAAUACCGAAUUCUAGCAAUUCCGCUGACUUCACUUCAUGUCGCUUAUACUAUUGCUUACAUCUGAAAAAUGUAGACAAAGAACGCAUUGAAGUGCAAUUGUUAAAACAAUUCGACGGUCGAUUAUUCUACUUAAUAGUUAAUACUCAGACAAGAGUUUCUAGAAAGGCAAUUUUUUUAUUGUGUUUUUGUGCAAUAUGGAUAUUAGUUUUGUGUUUCCGCGGAUUGUAAAUUUAUAUAUUGAUAUCUGUGUUGCAGUUUCUCACAUUUUUAUAUAUUUACUUUAAGAUCUGACCUAUUGGAAGGUUGUAUUUUACUUUAUGUUUCUAACCGUAACACAUAAUAUUGACGUUAUUGAAUAUGUGAAGUAUUAUGAACGAUUUCAUAUCAUGUACAUUUCCUCAACGCUAUGAUAUAGCGAUUCCUAGUUAAAUAGAACAUUAUUUAUAAUUAGAUCUUUAUAUUAUAUUAAACUGAGCUCAAAUAUUUUCUAUUUUGUUAUCGUUGUCAAUUAUUUUUUUUUUAAAUUUUUAAAUUAUAGACUACGAUUUAAAGAUCUAUUGUAUGACUUUAAAUUAAAAAUUACGAUUAUCUAUCUAUAACUGACGUUGAAAAUUUCUUCGCGUAAAAAAAUUUUAUUAGACUAGAGAGUUAUUAUUUGCAAUAACGUCACGAAUAUUAAAACAUUUUUUUAUUUUUCAUAUCAUUAAACUUAACUGAUCUAAAAUUUUUUUCACAAUGAUGUACUCGGACAUUAUUUGCGUAGUAUAAGAAAGAAGUUUCCUUUAAAAAAUAUAGGGACAGAUUGUUAAUUAUAAACAAGGAAAUAACAUUAUAUCUCAUAUUUAGAUGCGCAGACAAAUCUGCAUGUGAGUAACAUACAAAGAAAUCAGCAAUUUUGUGCAAUCGCUGUUCUUUCAUAAUUAAAUAUCAUAGGAUUUGUUAGAUUUUAAUCUAGAGACGAGAUUGAGAACAUACAUUGAAUUCUAAUCCAUCAGAUUUACAAAUAGCUUAGCGCUUGGACUAUUUUGCAUUAUUUUAUUCUGUGAUAAAUCAUGAUUGUUGAUCAAGGAUGAAGAACAAACGAUCCGUCAGGCACAAAUGCGCGGUAGGUCUUCCCACAAACGAAUUAAUAGUGAAGUCAUUUUCACCGCCCGCGUUAGUAUGUACGUGCCAAUCAUUGCUGUUGAAUCGAUCAUUAACGUCGAAACUUGCGGAGCGAGAUGUUAAUGUAUACCGCGUGCCGUUUACAUCUGCAGGGCGACAUUGUAUAUAAUUUUAUAUUAAGAUCGAGUUUUUUAUGUCGGAUUUGUGUCCACGAACUCGUCGUCCUCAGAAGCGAUUCUCUGUGAAAAAGAAAAAAACGACGGCGGAUACCGUGCGAGGGGACGUUCCCCCCGGACGUAUCGAUCACGCGGAUACUUUUCGCCCGAGAACGGCGAAUUAGUGUCGCGUGGUGCUGCGUCAUCGCGACGACUCGAUCGCAAGGCGACGCGGAAUCCGAAGCGAGUACCCUACAAUUGAAGCGAGUGAAGAAAGAAACCGCUAGGAAAUCGCUGCUUCCGAUGUUUCGCCGCGAUUUUUCACGGAGGAAUCGACAGGUUUACACAAGCGCAUACUCCGCGUAGGUCUAUAAUUCUCUUUUGUAAAUACAUUUUAUACUGCGAGAGGACGGUCCGUCGCGCGGGGAGGGAAGGGGGGCGGCGGCUUCACGCGAAUAAAGAAUCUCACCAUACCCAUCUCCCUCGCAACGCGACACACGGUUCGCAAACUCACACAGUUAUUUCUGUCACGUAACACAUCGUAAUACAUAUUAGUACGUAUCUGAGAAUUUGUACAACACGUGCGCGCGAAGCACGAAGGGGCACGGGUUGUCCCGCAAUAUCAUAUUAUACAAGCAUACGAAAAAGAAGGGACACGCUUGCAUAAUAAACGUGGCUCUUCCAGUAA